CCACGUCUAGUUGGAACGGACGACCUCGCGGAGUCACAGCAGAAAGACGAGGAGUACCAGGGCUACAACCCAAAAAUCCACGGAAACUAUGACCCAAACGCCGACUACGCCAAGUUCCACGAGAAGAAGCGCCUGGAAGAGCGCUCGAUGGACGAGCAAAAGGCCUUCAUGGCCUCCACCCAACAAGCCGACUACGCCGCCACCAUGAGUCUCAACCGCUUCACAGGCAGAGCUCAGGUCGGCGACCUCGGCCCCGACCGCCACAGCGACGCCGCCAAGAGCGGCCGCCAAAUGAACGCUUUCUUCGACGUCGACGCCGCCGCCAAUCAGCAUGGCGGAAAGUCCCUCAAGGCUGAGCGUCGCCAGACGAGAGUGUCCAAGGAGGACGCGAAGAGGUACAAUCAGGAGCGGAGGGAGAAGAAGGAGAAGAAGCGACGGGGUUGGCUUCAGAAUUAA